CCCGGCGCCGCGAUUGGCGAGCGGGUGGCUCCGAGGGCCGCGGGGCCGGGCUGCGAGGGAGGGACUAGAACUUUCCGCGGCCGCGGGCUGACUCUUCCCUCAGCCCCGCCGCAGCGAGCGCCCGCCGCCAGCGCCCCCAGGCAGCGGGGAGACCGCGGACAAUGACCCACUUCAACAAGGGGCCCUCGUACGGGCUCUCCGCCGAGGUCAAGAACAAGAUAGCCCUCAAGUAUGAUCCCCAGAUAGAAGAAGACCUGCGUAACUGGAUAGAAGAAGUUACAGGACUGAGCAUUGGUGCAAACUUUCAGCUGGGACUAAAAGACGGCAUAAUCUUAUGCGAGCUUAUAAAUAAGCUGCAGCCAGGAUCAGUGAAGAAAAUUAAUCAAUCAAAACUAAAUUGGCACCAGCUGGAGAACAUUGGGAAUUUUAUCAAAGCCAUUCAAGUCUACGGCAUGAAGCCACACGAUAUUUUUGAAGCAAAUGAUCUUUUUGAAAAUGGGAACAUGACUCAAGUACAGACUACUCUCGUGGCACUAGCAGGUCUGGCAAAAACCAAAGGUUUUCAUACUACAAUUGAUAUUGGUGUCAAAUAUGCAGAGAAACAAGCACGAAGUUUUGAUGCAGGAAAACUAAAAGCUGGUCAAAGUGUAAUUGGCCUGCAGAUGGGCACCAAUAAGUGCGCCAGUCAGGCAGGCAUGACUGCUUAUGGAACUAGACGACACCUCUAUGAUCCAAAAAUGCAAACUGACAAGCCAUUUGACCAGACAACGAUUAGCCUACAGAUGGGCACUAACAAAGGAGCCAGUCAGGCUGGUAUGCUGGCACCAGGUACCAGAAGAGACAUCUAUGAUCAGAAGCACAUAUUGCAACCUGUGGAUAACUCAACUAUUUCAUUACAAAUGGGUACCAACAAAGUAGCUUCACAGAAGGGAAUGAGUGUGUAUGGGCUUGGACGGCAAGUGUACGACCCCAAGUACUGUGCUGCACCCACAGAACCUGUCAUUCAUAAUGGCAGCCAAGGAACAGGAACUAACGGGUCUGAAAUCAGCGAUAGCGAUUAUCAGGCAGAAUACCCAGAUGACUAUCAUGGAGAGUACCAAGAUGACUAUCAAAGAGAUUACCAUGGUCAGUACAGUGACCAAGGCAUUGAUUAUUAGAUUUGCAUCAAAAGUUCAGUAUUAGUCCAUUAUUUUAUUCAGUAAGAACGAAACUAGCCUUGUGGAAUUGUUACCUGUCUUUCCUACACACUAUGCUUAAUGUACCUAAAGAAAUACUGCCUUACGUACAUUCCUUUUUCCUUUCUCUGCCCUUUCCCUGUCUAGUUGCCUUUAGUGCUGUAACAGUUGUAGUCUACAGCAUAAACAAUAACUGCAUAUGAAGUAAAAAGGAAUACUGUGAAAGGGGGAGUGCUCUCGUACAGCCAGGCCUUCUAAUAAGAAGCUAUGCAUUUUCACAAUCUACUCAAGUAGGUUUACAUACCACAUUAAGCCUUCAUUUGACAUAUUUACAGCUUUUCUGUUUUCCAGAUGAGAUAAAAGAAUUUAAUGCUUAAAAUUAAAUACGGCCUUUGCCAAUUAAGUUUAAGACAUCACACUAGUGAUUUAAAUAUCAUUACUAUGUUUCUACGGUAUUGUUUGCUAAUGGUAAGUCCUGCAUUAGACGUAAGUGUGCAUUUGUGAUUGUGUAUUCAUUCCAUUAUCUACACUGACCAAACUCAUAGAAAUAGUUGUCUUACUAAAAAGGGAGCUUGUACAAAGUCUUGAGCCAACAGAAGUCCCAUGUUUGAUGGUGCAUUUACCUUUUAUUGUGCCAUAAUAUAUCCAUGUAGAAAUGCUUUUUCUUCCUUGAACUGUAUUUAUUGCCACUUCUCAAACUGAUCCCAGUGUAUUUUUAUAAAUAAAUAUUUUUUCUUAAAGGUA